AGUUUGGUAUUGGUAGCUAGCUUAGCACUUCGCUAUAAAUGGAGAAGAGCUAAGCAUUUAGCUACACAUACUUCAAAAGAAAACAAACCUUCCCUUUUCUUGUUCUCCAUAGCUAUAGCUAGCUUAACUAAAAAUGAAGGUGAAAAUUGAGAGUACAAGAACCAUCAAGCCAGCUUAUGAAGGCAUUUCUCCUUCGCCUACCUUACACUUUAUUCCUCUUAGUGUAUUUGAUAAGGCCACCUACAACACCCACAUCGCCGUUAUUUACGCCUAUCGCCCCCCGACACCACCAAAUGCAACCAUUGAGUAUGGCCUUAAGAGGGCACUAUCUGAAUAUAGGGAGUGGGCAGGUAGAUUGGGAGAGAAUGAGAAAGGUGAUCCUGUUAUUCUUAUGAAUGAGAAAGGAGUGAAGUUUGUGGAAGCAUCGGUGAAUGACAAGCUUGAUCAUGUCAUGCCAUUGAAGCCGUCUUCGGUUAUUCUUAGCCUUCAUCCUAGCUUGAAGGAUGUGGAGGAAUUAGUGCAAGUUCAGCUUACAAGGUUCACUUGUGGCUCGUUGGUUGUUGGGUUCACAGCCCAUCAUUUGGUAGCUGAUGGUCAGUCCACUAGCAAUUUCUUGGUUGCUUGGGGGCGAGCUAGCCGAGGACUUGACAUGAACCCACUUCCAAUUCAUGAUCGAACCAUUUUCAACCCUCGAAAACCUCCACAUUUCGAGUUUGACCAUCGAGGAGUCGAAUACAAAAGUAAAAAGAUGGUUAAAAAUUGUCCUAAUGUAGAUAACAUCGUGGAUGAUGACAUUAUAGUCCACAAAAUUCAUUUUACAUUGGACUUUCUCUCCAAGCUUAAAGCUAGGGCUUCUUCUUCAUCAAAUGGACAUAGCAAUAGCAAGCCCUCCAGCACUUUUGAAAGCUUGGUUGCUCAUCUAUGGCGAGCAAUAACGAAAGCUCGCGGACUAGGCGGCUUCGAAACAACCCAUGUUAGAAUCUCUGUCAAUGGCAGGAUGAGAAUGAAUCCAAGAGUACCUAAUGAAUAUUUUGGCAACUUGGUGCUGUGGGCAUUUCCACGUGCAAGGGUUAAAGAUUUAUUGAGAGAGCCAUUGCCUUAUGCAGCUAAGUUGAUACAUGAUGCUGUUACAAAUGUUAAUAACAACUACUUCAAAUCAUUCAUUGAUUUUUCUACUCAUAAGGUUGAAGAGGAAGGGUUGGUUCCCACUGCAGAUAUGAACAAGUCUGUCUUGUGCCCUAAUCUGGAGGUUGAUAGUUGGCUAAGAUUCCCAUUUUAUGACUUGGAUUUUGGAGGGGGAAGUCCUUACCUUUUCAUGCCAUCUUAUUUUCCAACAGAGGGAAUGAUAUUUCUUCUCCCUUCAUUUAUAGGAGAUGGAAGCAUUGAUGCCUUCAUACCUCUUUUCCAGGAAAAUUUGGCUAUGUUCAAGAAAAUUGUCUAUUCACUGGAUUAGGUUAUUAAAAUGCAUUAUCUCUGGAAUUAUUAUAAACAUGACUCUUAGUGUGAUUGAAUUAAAUCUAAAUUUUGUGUAA